GCUUCUUCAACUGUUAGGUAUCUUGCUAGCCAACAUACAACCGGAACAUUUACGUUUUUUUAGACCGUUUCGGGGAGUUAAAAAUAUGUCGUAUCCACUAGUUACCCCUUAAUUUUCAUGUCUCCAUUUUUAUUAGUCAACUAGCUGUCUGGUUAAGUUAGCAGUAGCCUAGUCGCUAAUGAUAUUUAGCUAACGCUAACAACCCUGACCAUGAGCUCACUAACAUACUCCCCCCCUGUUGAAGAAGAAGAUGUCUGCCGGACAGAGAAAGAGAAGGAAGAUGAGGCUGUUGAGGUUGAGGCUGUUACAGUGAAAGAAGAAGAUGUUUUUGUGAAAGAGGAGGAGGAUGUUACUGUGAAAGAAGAGGAGGAAGAUAAAAAUGACGAUGCUGUGUUGGGCGUGAAAGAGGAAGAGGAGGAGAUGACUAUCACAGUGAAAGAAGAGGAAGACGUUUUUGAGGUGAAGGAGGGGGAGAUUACUGUCACAUUGGAGGAGGAGGAGGAAGAGGAGGAGGUUGGAGAUCUGAUUAACACCCCAGGUGAAAGACCAGACUCUCACAACAGGAAGAGUCCUUCAGACCCAGAGACAACCAAACCCUCAAAACCACAUCACUGCUCCCAGUGUGGAAAGAGUUUUACCUGGUUAGGGAAUCUGAAAUCACAUAAGCGCACACACACAGGAGAUAAGCCUUUCAACUGCUCCCAGUGCGGAAAAAGUUUUACCCAGUUAGGGAACUUGAAAUCACAUGAGAUGACACACACAGGAGAGAAACCUUUCCACUGCUCCCAGUGUGGAAAGGGGUUUAGACACGCAGGGAACCUGAAAGUGCAUGAAAGACGACACACUGGAGAGAAGCCAUAUAAAUGCUCACAGUGUGAAAUAAAAUGUUCCUCAUCCGGGGACCUGAGAAAACAUGAGAGAACACACUCUAUAAAGAGGCCUUUCCAAUGCUCUCAGUGUGGAAAGAGUUUUACCCAGUUAGGGAAUCUACAAAAGCAUGAGAGAACGCACACAGGGAAGAAGCCCUACCAUUGCUCAGACUGUGGAAAGAGAUUUACCCAGAUUGGGGACCUGAAAUCACAUGAACUGACACACACAGGAGAUAAGCCUUUCCAAUGCUCCCAGUGUGGAAAAAGUUUCCCCGGUUAGGGAACUUGAAAAUGCAUGAGAGAAUACACACAGGAGAGAAGCCUUUCCAUUGCUUCCUGUGUGGAAAUAGUUUUACAGAGUUAGGGACACUGAAAAAGCAUGAGAGGACACACACAGGUGAGAAGCCUUU